ACUGUUGACAUCCUCGAGCGUACUCGGAGAAAACCAGGCUGUGAGGGCCUGGUUGCUGCCUGAGGCUUCCGCAACAGGAAACAAGCUCCUAACUCCACCAACUGGCAGGCUGGUGGCAUCCUCCGGGGUACAUAUCGGUGGUCUCCGAUAGAGCAUCCCAUGCGGGAUCGGAGAUAUGAUUUAAGCUCCCCCUCACCUGCAACUCAAUCAACUCACACAACACUCAAUCACACAACAUCUCUCAAUCCUCCUCUCGAACCUCCGUUAGUACUCCUGUUUGUACAUGGACAGCACCCAAACCACCCCAUUGCCGCCAGCUGGCCCAACCCAAUCACCACGAGACCAACCCACCGAGCGUCUUAACCUCUACCGCAACCAAAUCAUCCCAGCUCAAGCUCAAUCCUCCUCCACCACCACCACCACCUCCUUCUCCUCCUCCCCUCGCAACCCAACCUCACCAACUACCCAGUCCAAAAAUCCAUCAGCAACCAUGUCCCGCGACCCCAUCACCUGCCACGUCCUCAACACCCUCACCGGCACCCCCGCCGCCAACCUCCCCGUCACAUUAACGCUCCUCUCCCCCAGCACAAACACCGAACCCACCGCCACCACCACUACGUUCCACGCAACCACCAACGCAGACGGCCGCGUCGCGAACUGGACGCCAGCGAACGCCUCCUCGCAAUCACAAUCCGUCUCGAGCGUGCUGGCCGCGCUCCCCGCGCCCGACAGCAAGACCAACUGGGCGCUGCGCUUCGAGGUCGGCCCCUGGUUCGAGGCCCAGGGGGUGGAGAGCUUCUGGCCCGAGGUGGAGGUCAAGUUCACGGUUAAGGGGAGGGGGAAGGAGGGGGAGGAGGGAUGGAGACAUUACCAUGUGCCCGUGCUGUUGGGGCCGUGGAAUUAUUCGACUUAUCGGGGUUCAUGAGGGGUAGUAAGUUGUGAAUAAAUUGUGGGUUGAAGAGGGCUGUGUGGUUCUGGAGGAUUGCGUAUGAGUUAUUGGGUAUUUGAGCUUAAUUCAUGAUUGAGAAUUGAGGUUUCGU